UUUUUUUUUUCCACUUCCUUUUUUGCUCUUCCUUUCUCCAGUCUUAACUCUACCUCAUCCUUCUCCCUAUCUACCCUCCUUCUUUUUACCCUCAGACUCCGUCAAUCUACCUUCAAAAUGAUCAUCUACACCGAUAUCGUGUCCGGAGACGAGGUCCUCUCCGAUACCUUCAACAUCAAGGAGGUCGACGGAAUCUUCUACGAGUGCGACUGCCGCAAGUACCUCAAGAAGGGCGGCGAGGAUUUCCAGCUGGAGGGUGCCAACCCUUCCGCUGAGGACGCCGCUGACGAUGAGGGUGGUGAGGGUGAGGCCGUCAUGGUCCACGAUAUCGAGGACCAGUUCCGUCUCGUCUGGCUCAAGUCCGAGGAGGGCAUGAAGCCUUCCAAGGAUGCCUUCAAGUCUCACCUCAAGACCUACAUGAAGAAGGUCCUCACCAAGCUCACCGAGAAGGGUGCUCCCGCCGAGACGAUCGAUGCCUUCAAGAAGGGCGCCCCCGCCGGUGUCAAGAAGAUCCUGAGCAACUACGACAACUACGAUGUGCUCAUGGGUACCUCCAUGGACGGUGAUGCCAUGCACAUCCUGAUUGACUUCCGUGAUGACGGUGUCACCCCCUUCGCCCUUCUCUGGAAGCACGGCCUCGAGGAGGUCAAGGUCUAAGCACCUCCCUUCUUACGGCAAUUGCAGUCUGUUGGUUUGAAAGCAAAAAAAGAAGAAAUUUCUCACGAAGAAAUGAGGAGAACGGUGCAUGACCAAUUAUAACGUCAGCCUUAAUAGCGCGGGAGAUAAUCCUAGAUCCCGCAGUGCAUCUCAGUACCCUACUUGAUCUGAACCGAGUUACGCCUCAUGAAUCCCAUAGCUGUUCCGUCAUUUAUGACCUCGCCUUUUCCAUUAGUCAAUUUUAACUCAUCGUAUAGCUCAUCGGGCUUGUCAUUUAACCAACCUAUCCACCAUGAUUGUCCGAUUCUCGUGUGGACGAACCUUUCACCUUCAGCUAGUACUUGUUAUUUUUUAUUACCAUGUAUAAAACUACAUGUAACUGUAAACUAACAACCGGAUAUCUCGAAAC